AUGAAGGUCGCCAUCAUUGGCGCUGGGCCAAGCGCUCUUGUCACGGCCAAGACACUGCUCGAAGCUUCCGAUACAGAUCCAAACUUCAACCCUUCCAUCACCAUCUUUGAAGCAGAGGCUGACAUUGGCGGCACUUUUCGCUACCGUUCCUAUUCGAACGCGACCCUCGUGUCAUCGAAACAGCUCACAUCCUACUCUGACUUUCGUCUGCCUCUCAAACACAACGACCACCUUACCCUCGACGAAUAUGUCCGCUACCUCGAGGACUACACCACCCAUUUCAAGCUCAGGCAACGAUGUCACUUUCAAAUGAACACAAAGGUCAUCAUGUCGGUCAAGGUGGACGGCGGUCAUCUCUUGCGCUAUCGCUCUCUGCACGACGACGAAAACGGUGCAGCCGAUAAAUCUCAAGUUUUCACCCACCUUUGCGUAUGCUCUGGUCUCCAUGUGACGCCAGCUUUGCCCAACAUCCCUGGUCUGCCCCCCACCAUCCCCGGCGACCAGGUCAUCACAAAUCCUAUGGGAUCAUCCGAGAUCACUGCUUCUCGUAUCCCUGAACCCAUUCACCAUGCAGCCAAUGCGUCCGAGAUCAUCACGCUUCACUCGUCCCAGUACAAGGAUCGCUCCCUUUAUCGUGGUAAGCGUGUCAUGAUUCUAGGCACAGGCGAAACCGGUAUGGACAUGGCGUACGAAGCGGUCAAAGCAGGUGCAAAACAGGUCGUUCUCUGCACAAGGUCUGGCUUCCUGCUCUUUCCAGCUGUACUUUCUGACUUUGUUGUCUUUGGCAACGUAUUUAACGGUAAUCUGCCCAUUGACGGCCUCAUCACCAAUCUCUUCGAGACAGCCUACGUCCACCCUUGGGUUGCUGCUGCUCAUCUGCGCUGGUUUCUAUCCGACUUUGUCAUCAAACGUCUCCUCUGGUGUCUUACCGGCACCCAAGCCGGCUGCAAUCAGUGGGUCGGUGAGUUGGAACCGCAUCGACUUGGUCGAGCUUACACUUUCCUCAACAAGAGCAGCAAAGCCAUGCCUUACAUCAACCGUGGCUGGAAGAGUCGCAAUCGCUUCCUCGAGCGCAUUACUACCUACCUCGAUCCACCCUCGGUAAAGCCCGAAGAGGUUUCAGUCGAUCUGGCUCCCUUCCCAGCACGCGUCAACCACGAUGGCACCGUCCAAUUUGUCCGUAACGGCCGCAAAGAAGAUCUGCGCAUGCGCAACCGAACCAUCCAACCUGACGUCGUCGUCUACGCAACAGGCUACACCCAGCAAUUCGACUUUUUGUCCAAACAAUACCCCGUCCCCGCCACGCUUCGUUGCAGAGACGUCUUCGACCCAGACGACCCGAGCGUGGCCUUUAUCGGCUUUGUGCGUCCUGGUGUCGGCGCUAUUCCGCCCAUCGCCGAGAUGCAGGCGCAACUAUGGACGCUCAUCUUGCGUGAUCGCAUUCCACCUCCGCUUUCCACCCCUCACUACUAUUUGCUCGUCAGAGAGAAUGCACGAAUCAAGUAUGGCGUCGACUACUCGUCCUACGUCUCGACAUUGGCACGCGACAUGGGCACCGCGCCGCCUCUUGGUCAGCUGCUCUGGACGUACGGCCCCAAGGUGACACUGAUCUACUGCUUCGGUGCUGCUUUCCCUACUUUUUACCGUUUGUUGGGUCCUUAUCGACACCCAGACGCUAAACGCAUCGUUGAGACCGAAAUCUACGACACCAUCCUUCGCCGAGGUUGGCUAGGAAACCUCAUGAUGGGUCUCAUCCCCAUGAUCUUCUAUGCCUGGAUCAAUCUUGCCGCUCUCGUCCUCGAAAAGAUCUACAAUGUCGUGGCGGCAGUCAGCCGGCCUUUCAUGACUGGCUCCCAAGAGCAUCAACCUCCCUGGUCCAAAUCACGUCGUUUCCAGAGCGAUUUUGAACCGCUCUCGCCCACCACACGCGUUGCAAUCGACAAGCAACCCACAAACAAAGCACAAGCCCAGCCAAGAGGCAGAAUGCUGCGCUUCUUUGCUCUCUUGACUGCGCUCCUAGCAGUAGCAGGCACAGGCGUGCAAGCUAACACCGAGAUUCGGAAUUUUGGGCCCUUGCUCUGUCGCGCGGACGAGUACGGUCAUUUGGCGGCUAAGGCUGCGGAUCAGCUUUCGUCCACUUGGCCAGUACUGCGGCCAACAAUAACACCGUCGGUCUUCAGCAUCGUGCCGCUUGAUUCGCGCGAUGACGCAUGGGUGAAGCUGAAUGACUCGAAAACCGGCGCAUGGCUAGUGCUCGACCUAUCAGAUGCGCAAUCGUUUACACUGCCGACACCGCAUCAAGCGAGGCUGUACACGCAGCUGAGCGCGCGCGAUAGGUGGGUACGGGAGAAUAUUGAUCGUGUAGCGUGGACAUUGACGAAAAGGUUUACAGUGCGUAGCUCGGUAGCCGCGCAUCUGGCGUUGGAGGUAGAAAUGCAGCUGAUGGGUCCGGAGCAAGUGUUAGCGAUGGGUGGCGUGGAGUGGGAAGCGCAGUUGGUGGAUGCUCGGCCGGUGGGUGGCGUGGAUGUAGGCAAGAUGAGGACCGAGGUGCCAAAUUACGCGGUGAUCUCGUCAAUUGUACCACGCCAGACAGCUGCGCCUAGAAGCACCGCAAGUAUCUCGAGCACCGCAAGCAUGGACGACACGGUGGUCUUCUCGCAGUCGCAAUCUUCUGUGACGCCAAAAGAAAUCUUGGCUAGCGACACGAUCGACUGGAAUGCAGAUGCGAGCAACGUGGCUCGGUUUCCCUGCACCAAAGCGUACGUGCAUCUUGUGGUGCGGUCUACGGGCAUACGCAUUCCUGACGCCAACAACGUCUGCAAACCGGCGCAUUUGCAGCUCGCCGAGGCCGUGUUUGGCGCGCUAGCGGCGGCCGGAGACGGUGUGCACACGUCGCUUCCUAUCCACAUAACGCUGCAGAGGCUGUACCUGGGCGCGAUUCCUGCAUCGGCGCUCACAACCGUCUGGCUGCUGCUAUCUAUGGCACUGUUCGCAUGGUGCGCGCUCAGACCGUGGCUCGACACGUUGCUUGCAUCCGCUCGGCGGCGCAGUCGCGACAAGAUUCAAUAA